AUGUCUGUGAGCACCAGCCCAGUGGAUGCUCAAGCACGCCUCCAGAAGCACAAAGAGAACAAAAGCACUGGUAUCACUCUGAUUGGGUAUGCCUUUGAAAGGACCCGGCUGGUAAAAGAUGUAGGAGAGAUUUCUGAAAAAUGUACCCAAGGGGGAGAUUAUAUUGGCAUCAGACUUCGGGAAAAUGAAUUUGACCCAAAAGGAAGAAGGCAACUCACCUUUCUAGAUGAUAUGGCACACUACGACUUGGCCAUCAAUGUUGCUUUGCAAUGGCUGGAUCACUCAGAAGACUUAACUUGGUUGGAGUGGGAGAAAGUGAAAAUGUCAUUUCGGGGUAGACCUAUAUAUCCAAACCACAGAGAACGAGAAGCAAUGAUUUUAUCAUCUUAUGCUGGAAUCUUAAUGAACAGUAUCUCAAUUGAGGAAGUCUUUAAAAUUUAUGGGGCUGGUUCUUCUGCCAAUCCAGGUGCUACCAAGGUUCCCCGAGCUCAGCCCUUCCGCCUCUCCUUGCACCCUUUUGCCAUGUUAACAGCACCCAAAGCUGCAGAAUAUGCCCGCAAGCAGAAUACGAUGACUGCAUGUGUCUCUAGGUGUCAAGUUAAGAAGGGGAGCAAUGAAUAAAGAUGCCACCAGCAGCUCUACAAGGGAAGCA